AAACAAACGAAGGGAGAAAGAAAAGAAAAACUGUGUUAUCUCUUCACCACCUUAUCUCUACUGACAAUGGAAAAUGCUAAUGGUCCUAACAGCAUCAAGCUUAAAGGAAAUUCUGAUGAGGAAGUAUUUCAAGUGAAUGAAGAGGUGGAGGUGCGGCGUGUAGAGGAGGGGUUCCUAGGAUCAUGGCACCCUGGGAUAGUUAUCAAGUGUGGAAAGGUGAAGUGCUUUGUCAGAUACAAGAAUGUUCUAAAAAGUGACGGUUCGGGUUAUCUUGUAACUGCAGUGAGGGUUUCAAAAGCAUCGGAAUCUUCCAAGUAUAGCAUGCGGGGGUUCAUUCGGCCACCGCCACCUUGGGUUGAGUUUGGGAGAUUUAACCUUAACUAUGGUUUGUGCGUGGAUGUAAACUGUCAGGGAGCUUGGUGGGAAGGAGUUAUACUUGAUCAGUGCGAUGGAAUGCUGAAAAGGAGCGUGUUUUUUCCAGAUUUGGGUGAUGAAAUGCAGAUUGAAAUUCGUCAACUGCGGAUUACUCAGGACUGGAAUGAAGUUACACGACAAUGGGAACUAAGAGGAAACUGGGUGUUUCUUGAAUUGCUGGAGGAGUAUCAGAAUGGAUCAUUUGUUGGAGUUUCAGCUAAACAAAUGUGGUAUGAUGUACUGGUAAAAAAGAGAUUUGGCAUGAGGGGAGAGUGGGCAUAUAAUCAGAAAGAAUUGUACAGGGAAGCAGUGUUAGGUGUAGUUGAUGACUACUUAACUCUUAGAGUGAACAAAGUUUUCUCAGUUUUAGACUUCCCACCAGAGCAAGAAUCAGUUGAACCAAUGGCCAGUAUUGAUUUGAACAUGGCCUUGUCUGAUAGAGAUAAUUUUGUCCAGAAAGAAGCUGCUCCUCUUGUUGAAGAGGUUUUACCUGAGUUUGAAAUAGAAAUUGACCUUGAAGGUGAUCCUGAAGUAGAUUCUGGUGAGAGAUGUGAAAACUCAAGGGGUUCAAAGGCCAAAAUAUCUAAGAGUCAAAGCAAUAGAUUGGCUCCACAAGGAUCAGGGAAGAGGGUGACAAAGGCGUCUGCUGCCUCUAGUCUUUUACCUCCGGAUAAACCUCUAACUAUUCUGUCUUGGUUGAUGGACAACAAGAUGGUGUUUCCAAGAUCUACCGUAUAUUAUUACAAUGAAAAAGCAUGGUACCAUGCAGUUUCAAGUUGGACUAGAGGGAAAGUAACUCGCAGUGGAAUCAAGUGUUACUGUUGUAACAUAGUUUACAGUUUUGUUGGGUUUGAAAAUCAUGCUAGUGGAGUGAAUACCUGCACACCAUCUGCUUGUAUUUUUUUGAAAGAUGGUAAAUCACUCUUAGAAUGCCAAAUGGAAAUAAUGCAAAAUCUGGUGAGAAGAGAAAGUAGCGAAAAACCAAGCAUUAAUUUCCCUUUGGAAGAGAAUGACUUGAUUUGUUCGCUUUGCCUCUAUGGUGGUGAACUUAUUUUAUGUGAUCAAUGUCCAUCUUCAUUUCAUAUGACGUGUCUUGGGUUGGAGCAUAUCCCUGAUGGUCAAUGGCUUUGCCCACAAUGUCGUUGUGGUAUUUGUCGCCAAAGCAAACUAGACGAAGAUGAGGAUGGCCAUGCUGCCCUUACUUGCGUACAGUGUGAACAUAAAUACCAUGUUAGGUGCCUGGAAAAUGGAGGCAUAGAUUUAUCAAGAUGUUCAGAAAACUGGUUCUGUGGAAAAAGCUGCGAAAAGAUACACAAUGGCCUUCAUGAGCUAUUAGGAAAGCCAGUUUUAGUGGGUGUGGACAAUCUAACAUGGACAUUGGUGAAGUUUAUUGAGCCUGGAUGUGAUGAUGUUGGUAGAAUAAGACAUGACAACUCAGUAGCAGAAAAUUACAGCAAACUCAAUCUUGCUCUUGCGGUGAUGCAUGAAUGUUUUGAGUCCCUAAAACAAAGUUUAUCUAGCAGAGAUAUCAUUGAAGAUGUUAUAUUCGGCAGAAGGUCAGAGCUAAGGCGAUUAAAUUUCCAGGGUUUCUAUACUGUACUACUUGAGAGAAAUGAAGAAGUGGUUUCUGUGGCAACUGUUAGGGUCCACGGGGAGAAGGUAGCAGAAGUACCUUUUGUUGGUACAAGAUUACACUACCGUCGACAUGGAUUUUGUCGCAUUCUGAUGAGUGGUCUUGAACAGUUGCUGAUGCAAUUAGGUGUGGGGAGGCUUGUUUUGCCGGCUGUUCCUAGUACGCUGAAGACAUGGACUGACUCUUUUGGUUUUGCAAAGAUGACCGUUUCUGAGAGGUCUAAAUUUCUGGACAACACCUUCUUAAAUUUUGAGGGUAGCAUCAUGUGCCAUAAGCUGUUGAUCACGAUUCCACCUCCAUAUUCUGGCUUCUUAAUACCUAAUUUUGAGAAGUCACAUUCCAGAUGUCAUGUUUUACCUCAAUAUACCGUUGACCUCAAUCAGUCUAUUUCAGUAUCAGAAGGAGGGAUGAUAUAUCAGCAAACGGGGAAUACUUGUUCAGGCAACAACAAUGGCGACAACAAUGAUUUUGUUACUAGUGUUACUGUUCCAGUCAACAACAUGGAGAAAGAAGUUCCUGGUGAUCAACAGUAUCUUAAUGGAAGCAGCUCACAGUUGGUUCAUGAAAAACAAGGUGACGAGUACAACAGUCAAAAGAAAGUAAGGUAUCUGCAUAAGGGGAGCUUCUGAUGUUCAUGCAUGGUUUUACACGUGCAAAAAACCAACUUGCCUUCAUGCAAACUUUCUGCCUGUGAAUCUGGUUGAUUCUGGAAUGUUUUCUUUUUCUUUCGGUUUUGGAGUAUGUUGAAGUUGACAUAGGUUUUGUUGUUGCGUUCAUAUGUUAUUCAACUCUUUUUUUAUUGCUAAAAACCUAAAUUGCUACUCCUUUUGUUUGUUAGCAUAACAUGACAAAGAUUUGUGUCCGU